AUGAGUGGCUCUGAUGCUCCGUCUCAUAACAUCUUCUUUUACGGCAGCAUUCUUGAACCAGCCGUCGCUGCCGUGAUCCUUGACCGCCCUGCUGAUACAGUUCCCGCCCUUCUCCACGGCUAUCACAGGUAUAAACUCAAAGAGCGUCCGUAUCCAUGUAUUGUCCCCUUUGAGUCUGGAAAAGUCAACGGGAAGGUAAUAAGGGGAGUAUCUGAUGCUGAGCUACAAAAAUUCGAUAUGAUUGAAGGUAGUGAGUAUGAGAGAGUAACAGUUGAAGUUGAAAGGAUGGACAAUUCAGAGACGAUGAAAGUGGAAACUUAUGUUUGGGUUAACAAAGAUGAUCCUAGUAUGUAUGGAGAAUGGGAUUAUGAGGAAUGGAGAGUGGUUCAUGCGGAUAAAUUCGUGGAGACGUUUAGGAAAUUGUUGGAAUGGAACAAGAAUCCAGAUGGGAAGAGAAGAGAGGAUAUUGUGGAAUCAAGGAAAAAGAAGAUGAGUAGUUCUGAUCAAUCCUCGUCGCACAACGUCUUUGUCUACGGCAGUUUUCAAGAACCAGCCGUCGUGGGUUUGAUUCUUGAAUGCACUCCUGUCAUCGUCUCUGCUCAACUCCACGGAUUUCACAGGUAUAGACUCAAAGGGCGUUUGCAUCCUUGUAUUGCUCCUCUUGAGACCGGAGUCAUCAACGGCAAGGUACUAACUGGAUUAACAGAUGGUCAGCUAGAGAAUUUAGAUAUGAUUGAAGGAGAUGAGUACGUGAGGAAACCUGUUGAAGUUGUAUUGAGUGAAACAUCAGAGAAGAUGCAAGUGGAAGGCUUUAUAUGGGCUAACAAGGAUGAUCCUGACAUGUAUGGAGAAUGGGAUUUCGAGGAAUGGAAGAAGCUUCACAUGGAGAAGUUCAUAGAGGCCUCAGAGAAGUUCAUCGAAUGGAAGAAGAAUCCAGAUGGGAGAUCAAGGGAAGAGUUUGCUAAAUUUGUAAACGAAGAUCCUUGA